UACAGGGAAAGCAGGAAGUGCUCCAGGCUGGCUGUACUGAGAGUCACACAGUGUCCAUCAAGAUGAUCGAAGGGGUCAGUCCUGUAAUGCAGUCCCUCCUAGGGACUUUGCUUACGUGGGGACUGACGGCAGCAGGAUCUGCCCUGGUGUUUAUCUUCUCCAGUGGUGAGAGACGGAUUCUGGAUGGGAGUUUGGGCUUUGCUGCUGGGGUGAUGCUGGCUGCUUCGUACUGGUCUCUCUUGGCCCCCGCUAUAGAGUUAGUAGAAGAGUCUGGACAAUAUGGGCGAUUUGCUUUCCUCCCAGCAGCAGUGGGAUUUGCUGUCGGGGCCGGCUUUGUUUACUUGGCUGACAUGGUUCUGCCAGCUCUGGGAAUGGUUGAAGAUCCAUACUCUGUGGCCACUAUGACUCACGAUUCCAGACAUACCAAGGAGAAGGACGAAGAUCCCAUCUAUGAUGAGCGGGAGUUAAGCAUCCGGAUAGAUACAAUUGAAAAUGGGGAGGUUUACCAUCGGAAGAGGGGGACUCACCCUGCCUCAGCUGAAGAACUGUCAUUACUAAACCCCAGGGAACCCGUGCACAAGUCGGGGGCCAGCUGGCGACGGAUUAUGCUGCUGAUAUUAGCGAUUACCAUCCAUAACAUUCCAGAGGGGCUGGCGGUCGGAGUCGGUUUCGGAGCCAUUGGUAAGACACCUUCCGCCACAUUGGACAAAGCAAGAAACCUGGCCAUUGGAAUUGGAAUACAGAAUUUCCCAGAAGGCCUUGCUGUGAGCCUUCCGUUACGCGGAGCAGGGAUUUCCACCUGGAAAGCGUUCUGGUAUGGACAGUUGAGUGGUAUGGUUGAACCCAUCGCUGGCGUUUUUGGGGCGAUUGCAGUUUCUUUGGCAGAACCGCUCCUACCGUAUGCAUUGGCUUUUGCAGCUGGGGCCAUGAUCUACGUCGUGAGCAACGACAUUAUUCCUGAAGCACAAACCAGUGGAAAUGGUAAGCUGGCCUCCUGGACUUGCAUUUUGGGUUUUAUCGUGAUGAUGUCACUGGACGUCGGCCUGGGUUAACAUGCGUCUACGACGUACGACCAUGAAGAAGAGAGCCAUGUAAGCGCUGUGCGCUCGGGGUCCAAGAAGAAGACAACUGUUUACAGCUUUUGAUUUCUUUCUAUUUUUAUUGAUUAUUGGAACGCAGUGUUUAUUUAUGUAUUUAAUAGAUGAAUCAGAAAUGAUUAAAAAGGGCUGGGAUUGUCUCACAAUCUGAAUUGGUCGGAGGCUGUGAUUGGGAGUAGUGUAAGAGGCACAGGGGUCUAGAUGUAGAUGGUGUUAAAGUAUCUGUUAUGUAGAAGUUAGGAUCAAUGCUAAACUAAACACGGUAUAAAUAUCACACAAAUUGGCUGCUGUCCCUCCCUUAUUUCACUGAACACCAUGGAGUUAUCAAGCAAAUGUUAUUACAGAAGGUGCUAAGAAAGCAUAAUGGCUGCUCCCAGUCUCUUCCAUUUGGUAAUAUAUUUACCGAACUACAAUUGUGGGGCUGAUGGGAUCAUUUAUUACCACUGCUCGCAUGGUACUGCCCAUUGCGCAGGAUAAUAGUUUAAACUCUGAGCUGCCAAUUCAAACUACCA